GAAACACUGGGAGCCAACCCAAACUCUGAGUUCAAGCUGUUUGAAUCUCAUCAGUACGGAGAAAGUGACCUUCUGUUUAAAGACGCAACAAGAUGAGACUACUGUGGCGGGUGGUUGCGCCUCACCCCUCUCCGUCCCCAGUGAGGACAGCCUCUUCGGUCCCUGCGGGUAAACCAAACUUCGUCCCCGCCUGCAGCACCACGGACGCCCACUCUCUUGAGUUGCUACGGGACUUCUUGACCCGAGCCCGCCGCCUGUUUGUCAUCACCGGAGCUGGUCUGUCCACCGAGUCGGGCAUUCCUGACUACCGCUCGCAGGGUGUCGGGCUGUACGCCCGCACCGAUAGGAGACCCAUGCAGCACGCAGAGUUCAUCCGCAGCGCGAAGUCCCGCCAGCGGUACUGGGCCAGGAACUUUGUCGGGUGGCCCCAGUUUUCUUCCCACCAGCCGAACUCGGCCCACUGGGCGCUGAGGCGCUGGGAGCAGCGAGGGGUCCUGCACUGGCUGGUGACGCAGAACGUGGACGCGCUUCACUCCAAGGCGGGACAAAAACGGCUCACAGAGCUCCACGGAUGCUCGCACAGGGUGGUGUGUUUGGGCUGUGGUGCCAUCACAGCUAGGGAGGAUCUCCAGAAGCGGUUUGUCUUGUUAAACCCGGAGUGGAGUGCCCAAGCAGGCGUUGUAGCUCCAGAUGGAGAUGUCUUCUUAGAGGAUGAGCAGGUUUUAAACUUCAGAGUCCCCUCCUGUGAGCAGUGUGGGGGGAUACUGAAGCCAGAAGUGACCUUUUUUGGAGAUACGGUAAACAGAGAGACUGUGCUGUUUGUGCACGACAGACUGGCAGAGUCAGACGCUUUGCUGGUUGUGGGAUCGUCAUUGCAGGUUUAUUCAGGGUACAGGUUUUUACUGGCAACGAGUGACAGAAAGAUGCCCAUCGCCAUCGUGAACAUCGGGCCUACCAGAGCAGAUCACCUGGCUGAUGUGAAAGUGAGCGGUCGUUGUGGUGAAGUGCUGUCAGCCAUUCACCCCUGCUGGUGUUGUGAACAGUGAUGGAUUCUCUAAGCUCUGCUGAUCUAAAAUACCUCAGGUUUAUCUGGGUGAGCAUCUUUAGGAUGAGGUGAUGCAAAAGCAAUCACCUGCAGACAAUCUGAAUUAUAACAGUUCCAGGAAAGAUCAUCUACAAAGAGAAACAAAUGAAAGACUCCAACUUUAAGUUUAAAAUUGGUCACUUUAAAGGGUUUCCUCUGGUUAAUGUUCAAUAUUCCUUCUCUGUUAACGAUUUCAUACAGGCGCUCUGAAAAUGUUCUUAAGUUAUAAUUCAUGGUUAACAUCAAACAUGUUCAUGAAGUUCUUUACAUAAAAUCUCUCACAUAAAGCGA